ACACAUCUCAUUUCUCUUCUCUGAACCUUCUCCCUCUCUCUCCUACUAAAAAAAAAAAGAGAAAAGAUCUCCUUGGACCUCCCGAGGAAGAAGAGAAACUGAGAGGGAAGAUUAGAGAGGGAGUUGGCAAAGACCCAAGAACUUGAGUGCGAAAGAGCUCUCUCCAAGGCUUGCAAACAUACCCUUCUCUUUUCAUUUCUCUGUAAAAUCUACCUUUAGUUUUUAGUUUCUUUAUUUGUUCUGGGCUUUUUUUUCUUUCCCAGAAAAUAAAUACCCUUUUAUACCCCAUUCAUUUCAAGAGACACAGUUGGUACGGUUUUAGUCCAAGUUCAUUAAACCUCAAAAAGACUCAAUUUUUUUGAUUUUCUUGGAUCCUUGAAUGGUCGAUUAGUUGGUCGUUGAUCUUGACGCACUGGGGGGGAGAAGUCACUGAUGCCUGUAGCAGGCAAGGGAAGUGAUGGAGACAAGAGGAAUAAGAAGUUUUACAGUGGGCCACAAAUUCGAUGGGAUGUAGAGAACAAACAGCUCUGGAAUAUUGAUUGGGUAGCUGGUCAGUUGGAUCUUGGUAUCUUUAUUUGAUUAGUGCAGAAAGUUUACACGGUUGGACGCAGGUUUAGAUCUUCUGGUAGUGCACAAGGUCGUUUCAAUUUAUUCAAAUUGAGCAGCUAGCUAAACUUGGAACUGGAGAGCCAGUAGUUCAAGUUGCUUCAUUUAUACUAAAGAAAAGAUUCCUGGGAUCCUUUCGUGAGCAUGUCCUGAUCAGCGAAGUGAGAAACUUGGGUUGGGAGGAUUUGCAAUGUCGAGAGCAUUAUUAGCUCUAGGACUCUUGUUCAUAGCAUUAUUCAUUUCUUUGGCCUCCGCUGUCUCUGGCGCAGAUAGUGACUUUGUGAAUUGUAACUGUGACGAUGAAGGAGGCGGGUUCUGGACUGUACACAGCAUUCUUGAGUGCCAGAGAGUGAGUGAUAUCUUGAUCUUUGUUGCUUAUUUCUCGAUUCCCAUCGAACUCCUUUACUUUAUCAGCUGCUCGAACUUCCCCUUCAAAUGGGUCCUUGUCCAGUUCAUAGCAUUCAUAGUCCUUUGUGGGUUGACUCAUUUGCUCAAUGCUUGGACUUAUUACGGCCCGCACUCGUUCCAGUUGAUGCUUUCCCUUACUGUUGCAAAGUUACUCACGGCUUUGGUCUCAUGUGCCACUGCUAUAACCCUCCUUACUUUGUUCCCUCUUCUUCUCAAAUGGAAAGUGAGAGAGCUUUUCUUGAAGCAAAAUGUCAUGGAGUUGGACCAAGAGGUUGGGAUGAUGAAGAAAAAGAAGCUGGCGAGCCUCCACGUCAGAAUGCUCACCAGGGAAAUUAGGAAGUCCCUUGACAAGCACAAUAUACUGUACACCACUCUGGUUGAACUCUCCAAGACAUUGGGUUUGUACAACUGUGCUGUAUGGAUGCCGAAUGAGAAGAGAACUGAGAUGAACCUAACCCAUGAGUUGCAACCAAAUUCUGACAGCCGUCAUUUUUCCAUCCCUAUGAAUGACCCAGAUGUGCUAGAGAUCAAAGCUACUAAGGGGGUUACCAUUUUGAGGUCAGAUUCUGGACUUGGGUCUGUAAGCAGUGGCGGUGGUACUGAGGCAUCUGGCGCAGUGGCUGCAAUCAGGAUGCCGAUGCUUCGAGUUUCAGAUUUCAAAGGCGGUACUCCGGAGUUCAUAGACACUUGUUAUGCUAUCCUGGUUUUGGUCCUUCCGAGUGCAGGUUCCUGGACCUACGAAGCAAUGGAGAUAGUGGAAGUGGUUGCUGAUCAGGUAGCAGUGGCUUUAUCCCAUGCUGCAGUUCUCGAAGAGUCCCAGCUCAUGAGGGAGCAGUUGAGUGAGCAGAACCGGGCGCUGCAACAAGCUAAGAAGAACGCGAUGAUGGCUAGCCAGGCAAGGAACUCAUUUCAGAGGGUGAUGAGUCAUGGGAUGAGGAGACCAAUGCACUCGAUUAUCGGAUUGCUCUCGAUGAUCCAGGAUGAUGAAAAUAUGAGCUUUGACCAGAAAAUUGUUUCUGAUACAUUGAUGAAAGCCAGUAACGUUCUUUCGACUUUGAUUGGUGAUGCGAUGGAGAUUUCGAUAAAAGAUACAGGGAGGUUCCCCCUAGAGAUGAAGCCAUUUCGGCUACACUCCAUGGUCAAGGAAGCUGCUUGCCUUGCCAAGUGCUUGUGUGUAUACAAGGGGUUUGGGUUUGAAAUCGAUGUUGAGAGUUCUUUGCCCGAUUUAGUGAUAGGGGAUGAACGAAGGGCUUUCCAAGUAAUUUUGCAUAUGUUCGGUUAUCUUUUGGAUCUGUAUGAUGGUAGGGGAACCAUUGUAUUUCGAGUUCUCUUGGAGAGUGGUAGCGGCGGAGGAAAGAAUGAUAGAAUGUUGGGGAUGUGGAAAGCAAAUGCUCCUGAUGAAUAUGCAUCUAUAAAGUAUGAGAUUGAGAUUAGGGAGGAGAGUUCAUCAAUGACGGAUGGGCCGAUGUCAGCUGCUGCACAGAGGAGGCAGGCCGGUCCUGAGAUUAAGGAAGGUCUUAGGUUCAGCAUGUGCAAGAAGUUAGUUCAGAUGAUGCAAGGGAACAUAUGGGUAGCUCCAAAUGCCUUUGGGUUUGUACGAAGCAUGAACCUUGUCCUCCGGUUCCAAACUAGACCAUUAUCUAUUGGAAGGUCAUCUGCUUUCAUUACCUCUUCAGAACAACAGCCAACUACACCUCAACAGUUCAAAGGCCUCAAGAUUGUGCUAGCCGACGAUGACAACGUGAAUCGAACUGUAACCAAGAAGUUGCUGGAGAAACUUGGAUGCGAAGUCACUGCUGUUGCUUCAGGGUUCGAAUGCCUAAGCACUCUGAGCUCCGAGAACUCCGUUAGGGUAGUCAUUCUGGAUCUCCAAAUGCCUGAAAUGGACGGCUUUGAAGUUGCCUCGAGGAUUAGGAAGUUCCGGAGCCGGAACUGGCCAUUCAUUAUAGCCCUGACGGCUAGUGCGGAGGAUAAUAUAUGGGAGAGGUGCCUGCAGUUGGGGAUGAAUGGCGUGAUACGAAAACCCGUCCUUUUACAAGGAAUGGCUGAAGAACUUCGAAGGGUUCUUCAGGUAGCUGGGUAGACCAGAAGGGGAGGAGAUAUCCAAUUAUUCAAUAUGAAUAUACAGACAUGAUUCAUGGCAUUGAACAGUUUAUAAAGAUCCGUGGCCGCCGGUGGCCACGUUGAAAUGUAACGUUUCAGCACGCAGAUGGUAUAGAUAUUAGACACUAGACAGUGUACUUUUUCCCUUCCGGGCUACCCAUUUUCCUGUCUAGAGGUUCUAUCAAAAAGGAAUUGUGACUCAACAUUUAGGCACUGUUUACUGAUCAGAAUACCAAGGACUUUACGAAGUAAACAGACACUUUUUUCUCCACUGUGUUUCUUGCUGGUAGGGCUUUUCAAUCAAACCUGAUAUUUUGGUGAUCGAGUUAGCUUG